AUGACAGAUUAUCUAUGCGAAGAGUUGAUUGUUGAAAUAUUUACAAGACUACCACCGAAAUCCCUCCUCCGAUUUAGAUCACUCUCUAAAUCGUUAUAUACUUGUAUUUCUAGUCCCCAGUUCAUACGCUUGCACACAUUCCGAUCCCCACAAAAAAUCCGCUUCAUCAACAUUAUAAUCAUCCCUGGGUUCAUGCGCAUGCACACUUUCCGAUCCCCACAAAAAAUCCGCUUCACGCAUGAAAAUAUUGACAAUAAUAAAAUAGCAGAAGACGUUUAUACAUUACACGGAGAAGACGAAUUGCCAUUGUGUUUGUUUCCCAAACAUGGAUAUAUUGGUAUAACAACAACAAUUCCGUUUCCUUGUAGCAAUAGGUUCAGAACUGUUGGUUCAUGUAAUGGAACUUUCUGUUUGAAGACUAAAAAUGGUUUGACUCUAUGGAACCCUUCAAUCAGACGCAAAGUAAGAGUGCCUGAAUGUCCUCGGAGUUCUGAACUCGCUUUGGGAGGUAUUGGGUUUGGAUUUGACCCAAUCAGUGAUGAUUACAAAAUUGUUUGGAUAUCAUAUGAAAAAGACAUUUCAUUUGUGUAUGCAGUGAAAACGGGCACUUGGUGUGAAGUUGCUUCCCCUAAACCAGUUUACUUCUGUGUUAUAUGA